AUGGCUGACCUGAGCUUCAUCGAAGAUUCCGUCGCCUUCCCGGAGAAGGAGGAGGAUGAAGAGGAAGAGGAGGAGGGGGUGGAGUGGGGCUACGAAGAAGGUGUGGAGUGGGGCUUGGUGUUUCCCGAUGCUAAUGGGGAAUACCAGUCUCCCAUUAACCUAAACUCAAGAGAAGCUAGAUAUGACCCCUCACUUCUGGAUGUCCGCCUCUCCCCAAAUUAUGUGGUCUGCCGAGACUGCGAAGUGACCAAUGAUGGACAUACCAUUCAGGUUAUCCUGAAGUCAAAAUCAGUUCUAUCAGGAGGUCCAUUGCCUCAAGGGCAUGAAUUUGAACUGUAUGAAGUUAGAUUUCAUUGGGGGAGAGAAAACCAGCGCGGUUCUGAGCACACAGUUAAUUUCAAAGCUUUUCCCAUGGAGCUUCAUCUGAUCCACUGGAAUGCCACCCUGUUUGGCAGUAUUGAUGAGGCCGUGGGGAAGCCACAUGGAAUUGCCAUCAUUGCUUUGUUCGUUCAGAAAGGUGUGGAGAAUGACCUACAGGAGCUAGAAAAGCUGUCAACGUGUCGCCAUUUUCCGUGUCUUUCCACGGGCAGCAACUGCGAAGCAUGCCAGGGGAAGUCCAAAACAAUACCCUGCUUUAAUCCUAACACUUUAUUACCAGAUCCUUUGCUGCGAGAUUAUUGGGUAUAUGAAGGCUCUCUUACCAUCCCACCUUGCAGUGAAGGUGUCACCUGGAUAUUAUUCCGAUACCCUUUAACUAUAUCCCAGCUACAGAUCGAAGAAUUUCGAAGGCUGAGGACACACGUCAAGGGGGCUGAACUUGUGGAAGGCUGUGACGGGAUUUUGGGAGACAAUUUUAGACCCACUCAGCCACUUAGUGACAGAGUCAUUAGAGCUGCAUUUCAGUAGCCAACGAGAACAGGAACGAGACUGCCUUCAUCUGGGGAGGAAGACAAUGAUCCUAUAGUGCCCUUGGAUGAGAAA